AACCCUCACCCCUAUCUUCUCUUAUCUUAAACACAAAGAAAAAUGUUUACACAAGCGAAUGACCAUCUAUACUACCUCGAAUUCAUUAGAAAGCAUCUUCUUGAUGAUCAUUCAGAUUUUUUUCCAGAUAAUAACCAAAACCCUGUUAGUAUUGCGAGCAAUGAAACCAAUGAUUGGAGUUUUCUCGAAAACUCAGACGAAUCAAUGAUAAACAUGGAAGACAUCUCGAAGUUUUGUAUGGCCUUAUGUUCAUCAAACUCAACCGAGUAUAGCCCUGAUUCAAACCUAGUUUAUCCAAGUACAAUGCCUGACCAAAUUAGCGACGGAAAUCUUGAAGUCACAAGCUCCUCUUAUGGUCAAAAUUACACCCAACAAAUAUUUCAAGACACCAAUAAUGACUUCUCUGAAUUUCCAAGCAUCAUCGAAGAAACACAACAGUUUUCUCCCAUCUCUAAUCUCUCAGCCAUCUACAACAGCAUUGUGCAAGCUCCAAACAAGCCGCUACAGUUAGAUUUUUCUACAGGAAAUGUUAUAGCAUAUGGUGAUGAAGCUCCGCUAACUCUUGUGAAGAAAGAUUUUUCUAAAGAUGAUGAAGGCUUUCAAGCUAAGCAGCCACAGUUAAUGCCGAACGCAAGGUAUAGAGGUGUAAGACGACGACCAUGGGGAAAGUUCACCGCGGAGAUGAGGAAUCCCGAAAAGAAAGGUUCGAGAUUGUGGCUUGGGACCUAUGACACACCCGAAGAAGCUGCCAUGGCGUAUGAUCAAGCCGCUUUUAAACAUCGUGGCUCUCAAGCUUUGCUUAAUUUCCCGCAUUUGAUUGGGUCACACCACGAAAAUCCCAAAAAACUUGCCAGAAAAAGGUGUCAUGAUGGCAAAUCCCAGUCUUCUUCUUCUUCAUCAUCAUCGUCAUCUUCUUCGUUAGAUGAUUCAGAAUUCCGUAAUAGGAAGAGGAGCAAAAUUUCUGCUAAUUAGAGCAUCCAUAGUGCUAGAGUUUUAAAACACCCACAAACCUGCCACCUCAACCCCUAUAUCAGAUUUCCAACAUCCUUAAAAAACAACCAUCUUUCCUUCCUAAGAUGCUACCUUAUUUUUCAGACACCCACGUUUUAUAAAGGAAAAGAACAUUGUUUGUGUGUUUGGAGCCCACUAUAUAUGUCGUUUGGAAUUCUAGACGAAGGAGGUAACACCACAAUAGGGGAGGUUAGGAAUUGGGCUAGUUUGAAAAUCUAGAUGGUGCUACAUAAACACCUUUGUGGAUGCGUUUGGGACUUUGUCCACUACAGUAGAAUAUUGCUUCAUAUUCGAAAAGUUAGUAUAUGAUUUUUUGAUUAUUUCACAAACAAGUCGUUGUUUUGAUCAAUUCCUUUUCUUCUCUCUGGAUAUUAAUCUUCUUCAACGGGCUCCACAUGCAAAUAUCAUGGGACCAGAUACUACCUCCACCAAAUUAUACGUUUGUAGUUCAGUUCUCCAACAAUUUAAACAAGCUGAUAAUUCAUCUAGUUAUUAGGAAUC